AGCAUGGCCAAGCACCACCGCACACCGGCGCGCAGCCCGGAGCCCGUCAUCGAGGUCAAGAGCAAGUUUGAUGCCGAGUUCCGCCGUUUUGCUUUGAAGCGCUCAAAUGUGGGCGGCUUCCAGGAAUUCUACCAGCUGAUCCAGAGGGUUCACCAGAUCCCCUGUCUGGAUGUCCUGCUUGGCUAUACAGAUGUUCAUGGUGACCUGCUACCCAUCAACAAUGAUGACAACUACCACAAGGCACUGUCAUCUGCCAAUCCUCUGCUCCGAAUCAUCAUUCAAAAGCGAGCAGAAGCUGACAGCAGUGUCUUUGCCUCCAACUCCCUGCAGCGGAAAAAAAAGGGGCUCUUACGGCCGGUGCACCAGCGGGCCAAGCCCCACUUGCUGAUCGGCAUGCCCCAGGACUUCCGGCAGAUCUCCUCCAUCAUCGAUGUGGACAUUCUCCCCGAGACCCACCGCCGGGUGCGGCUGCAUAAGCACGGCUCGAGCAAGCCGCUGGGCUUCUACAUCCGGGAUGGGGUCAGUGUGCGCGUGGCCCCCCAGGGGGUGGAGAAGGUGCCCGGCAUCUUCAUCUCUCGCUUGGUCAAGGGGGGGCUGGCCGAGAGCACGGGGCUGCUGGCUGUGAAUGACGAAAUCCUGGAGGUCAACGGCAUCGACGUGGCAGGCAAGUCGCUGGACCAGGUCACGGACAUGAUGGUGGCCAACAGCCACAACCUCAUCAUCACGGUCAAGCCCGCUAACCAGCGCAACAACGUCAUCCGCAGCAGCAAGGCCUCGGGCAGCUCCGGGGUGUCCACGGACAGCACCCCCAGUCAGCAGACGCCCAGCCCAGCCUCCCAGUAUCUCAGCAACUGCAGCACGGCGGAGGGCGAGAGUGAUGAAGAGGGCGACUUGGUCAUCGAGAGUGACCUGCCGGCCAGCUGCCCCAACGGGGGCCUCCUCGAGAGUCUGCAGCACAGCCUGUCUCUGUACAGCUCUCAGGGCUCGCUGCCCUCCCUGAACAGUCACAGUGGCAGUGGCAGCCCAGUCCGGGGCAGCCGUGCGGGGAGCCUCCGGGAGGACGGUACAGUCCUCACCCUAUAGCCCCGGGCCUCACCACUCCCACCCCACCCCACCCCACCGUGUCAGAAUCUCAACAUUUCUGAGGUCAGUUUGGCGGCGGCCUCCUUGCUGGACAGUGGAGCUGCAAGACAGAGCCCCCCCACCCCGGAUUCCGAAAUACGACCCUCCCGUGCCAUCACCGAUGCACCGCCUGCACGCCCAGCGGCUCUCCCUGCAGCUGCUGCAGCCAUGGCAGCAAAUGGAAUUGGGAGUCACCAGUGUUGGCCCGUCUUCCCUGAAACGUUUGUCACCCAAGAAGUCCCACCCUGUCCCCACUGAACGCACGGGCCAGGAAUUUUACUACUCCCCCGUUCCCUCUGUUCAAGUCAACCUUCCCCCAUGGGUGUUCCAGGCAGAACUGGGGCCUGCCUGCCCUGCAGCCCGUGGCCCCUGCCACUACCGACCACCAACUCUCAUGCCGCGUUUGGGAUUUUGUUGUUUCUUUUUACGAUAACAUACAUCACAGAUUAAUAUAUUGCAACAGACUAUUAAACUUUUUUUUAGGAA